CCGUAUCCGGGCAGACCAGCGGCGCCGCGGCCAAUCAGAAAAAAGAAAGGGCCGCGCGCGGCGGGCGAGGGGCGCGUCCACUUUCGGUUCGCGCGGGGGGCGCGGGGCACGUGGCGGGACCCCCCCCCCUCCCCCCCCCCCUCCGGGGACCCCCGAGCAGGACGGGACCAGGACACAGCUGCCAUGGCUGACGAGCGGCUGGGGACCAGAGCCACCAGGAAGGGCACUUCGUCCCCUGGCAGUGCCCGGGGCGGUGCCACCGAGUCCAGCACGCUGCUCCAGGAGCUCCGGGGCAACAUCUCCAAAUCCGUGCAGAGCAAGGUGGACUCCAUCCUGCAGGACGUGCAGAAGUUCUCGGACAGCGACAAACUCUACCUGUACCUGCAGCUGCCCUCGGGGCCCAGCCUGGGCGAGAAGAGCAGCGGCUCCUCGCUGGAGCUGAGCGCGCUGGGCACGGCCGAGCACAUGCACGCCUGCAGCUGGAUCCGCAACCACCUGGAGGAGCACACGGACACCUGCCUGCCCAAGCAGGACGUCUACGACGCCUACAAGCGCUACUGCGACAACCUCGGCUGCCGCCCGCUGAGCACGGCCAACUUCGGCAAGAUCAUCCGGGAAAUCUUCCCAAACAUCAAAGCCCGGCGCCUGGGAGGCCGCGGACAAUCCAAGUACUGCUAUGGUGGGAUCCGGAGGAAGACCGUGGUCAGCCUUCCUCCCCUGCCCAGCCUGGACCUCAAAGUGACCGAGACGGCGGAGCUGGCCGAGCUGGCGCAGUCCUACAGCAGCGAGGUGACGGAGGCCGCGUGCGCCCUGACGUGCGACUGGGCCGAGAAGAUCCUGCGGCGCUCCUUCAACAACAUCGUGGAGGUGGCGCAGUUCCUGCUGCAGCAGCACAUCAUCAGCCCCCGCUCGGCCCACGCCGACCUGCUCAUGGCCAUGGUGGUGCAAGAAAACACGGACAAGCCCCCGCAGGACCCUCGGCCACCCGCAGCCCCCAAGAAGAACGGCGUGGACCCCUCGGACAGCGGCCAGGAGCAGGCCAAGAAGGACGCCGUGCCCAAAGGCCACGUCCAGCCGCGGCCGGAGAAGAAGAAGCCCCCGGAGCCCCCGCGGCCGGCCAGCAGCCCGCAGGUGAACGCCCUGGUGGCCCGGCUGCCGCUGCUGCUGCCCCGCAUGCCGCCCUCGGAGCGACCCCCGGGCCCCGGCGCCGCCCCGGCGCGCCCGGCGCCGCCGGUGCUGGUGCCCCGGCUGACGGCGGCGCCGCUGGGCGGCACGGUGAAGGUGGCGCUGCCGCUGCCCGUGGGCACCGCGCUGAGCCCGCCCGCCGCCAUCCCCGUGCUCAACGUGCUGCUGCCCGGCGUGGGGGUCCCCGCGGCCGAGACCCCCGGCGGCAGCGCCCGGGCCGGGGGCGAUGGCGAGGGCCAGCGCGGCAGGGCCACCAAGCGGCCCCCGGAGGGAGGAGGGGACGGCGCCGCGCACAAGAGGAGGCGCGGGAGGCCCCGCAAGCGGCCGGAGGACGCGGCCAUGUCACCCGAGGACGCGGAGGUCCCCAAGGGCGAUGAGGGCGGGGAUUCGCCCCCAGGGGGGUCACCCGGGGGUGGCAGUGCCACCGUGCCCGCUGGGGACAGGGGGGCCGCUGGCGAUGCUGCUGAGGGUGGUGGGGACAGCAUGGAGGUUGACAGUGACACGGUGGCUGGUGGGGACAGCCCGGUCAGUGGCAGUGCCACUGUCCCCCUUAGUGCCACUGUCACCCUUAGUGCCACUGUCCCCCUUAGUGCCACUGUCCCCCUUAGCUCAGUCAAUGGCAGUGCCACUGUCCCCGUUAGUGACAGCUCAGUCAAUGGCAGUGCCAGCGUCCCCCUUGGGGACAGCCUGGUCAGUGGCAGUGCCACUGUCCCUGUUAGUGACAGCUCAGUCAAUGGCAGUGCCAGCGUCCCCCUUGGGGACAGCUCGGUCAAUGGCAGUGGCACUGUCCCUGUUAGUGACAGCCCAGUCAAUGACAGUGCCAGUAUCUCCCUUGGGGACAGCUCAAUCACUGGCAGUGCCACUGUCCCCCCUGGGGACAGCCCAGCUGAGGGAAGUGCCACCAUCCCCCUUAGUGACAGCUCAGUCAAUGGCAGUGCCACUGUCCCCACUGGGGACAGCUCAGUCAAUGGCAGUGCCACUGUCCCCCUUGGGGACAGCCCAGUCAGUGGCAGCAUCCCUGGUGAUGGCUCUGCUGGUGGUGGCAGUGCCACUGUCCCUGUUAGUGACAGCCCAGUCAGUGGCAUUGCCACCACCCCCCUUGGGGACAGCCCAGCUCGGGACAGUGCCACCGUCCCCGUUAGUGACAGCUCAGUCAGUGGCAGUGUCACCACCCCCCCUGGGGACAGCCCGGUCAGCAGCAGUGCCAGCUUCCCCAGUUGUGGCUCUCCUGGUGGUGGCAGUGCCACUGUCCCUGUCAGGGACAGCUCACCCAUGGUCAGUGACACUGAGGACAGACCAGUCGCUGGCAGUGCCACCACUGAGGACAGGCCUGUCACUGCUAGUGCCACCACUGGGGACAGACCAGUCGCUGGCAGUGCCACCACUGGGGACAGACCAGUCGCUGGCAGUGCCACCACUGGGGACAGACCAGUCGCUGGCAGUGCCAGCACUGGGGACAGGCCUGUCACUGCUAGUGCCACCACUGGGGACAGACCAGUCGCUGGCAGUGCCAGCACUGGGGACAGGCCUGUCACUGGCAGUGCCACCACUGGGGACAGACCUGUCGCUGCUAGUGCCACCACUGGGGACAGACCUGUCACUGGCAGUGCCAGCACUGGGGACAGACCAGUCACUGGCAGUGCCACCACUGAGGACAGGCCUGUCACUGGCAGUGCCACCACUGGGGACAGACCAGUCGCUGGCAGUGCCACCACUGAGGACAGACCUGUCACUGCUAGUGCCACCACUGAGGACAGGCCUGUUGCUGGCAGUGCCACUGUCCCUGUCAGGGAUGGGCAGGACACUGGCAAUGACACCAGCCCUGUCAGGGACAGCUCACUCACAGUCAGUGACGCUGGGGACAGGCUGGUCACUGGCACUGCCACCACUGGGGACAGAGCAGUCGCUGGCAGUGCCACUGUCCCUGUCAGGGACAGCCCCUCCAGGGCCAGUGCCACCUCUGGGGACAGGCCGGUCACCAGGAGUGCCACCAUUCCCAUCAGGGACAGCCCAGCUGGUGGCAGUGCCACCGUCCCUGUCAGGGACAAGCCAGCCCCUGGCAGUGCCACUGUCCCCAGUACGGACCGCCCCUCCAGGGCCAGUGUCACGGGGGACAGGUCGGGUGCUAGAAGUGCCACUGUCCCCACCGCUGGUGGCAGUGCCACCAUUCCCAUUAAGGACAGCCCAUCCAGGAUCAGUGCCACCACUCAGGACAGGCCAGUCAGAGGCAGUGCCACCAUUAGGGACAGCUCAGCAGGUGGCAGUGCCACUGUCCCCAUCAGGGACAGCACAACUGGUGGCAGUGCCACCGUCCCUGUCAAUGACAGUGCAUCCCGGGGCAGUGGCACUGCUGGGGACAGGCCGGUCACCAGGAGUGCCACUGUCCCUGUCAGGGACGGCCCAGCUGGUGGCAGUGCCACUGCACCAGGCAAGGACAAGCCAGCCCCUGGCAGUGCCACCAUCCCUGUCAAGGACAGCUCACCCAGGGCUGGUGGCACUGCUGGGGACAGGCCGGUCACCAGGAGUGCCACCAUUCCCACCAGGGACAGCCCAGCUGGUGGCAGUGCCACUGCACCAGUCAAGGACAAGCCAGCCCCUGGCAGUGCCACCAUCCUUGUCAAUGAUGGCCCAUCCCGGGGCAGUGCCACUGUCCCCAGGCAGGACAGCUCGCCCAGGGCCAGUGGCACUGCUGGGGACAGGCCGGUCACCAGGAGUGCCACUGGCCCUGUCAGGGAUGGCCCAGAUGGUGGCAGUGCCACUGCACCAGUCAAGGACAGUCUGGCCAGGGGCAGUGCCACCACUGGGGACAGCCCAUCCUCUGGCAGUGCCACUGUCCCUGUCAAGGACAAGCCAGUCCCUGGCAGUGCCACCGUCCUUGUCACGGACAGCUCGCCCAGGGCCAGUGCCACCUCUGGGGACAGGCCGGUCACCAGGAGUGCCACUGUCCCUGUCAGGGACAAGCCAGCCCCUGGCAGUGCCACUGUCCCCAGGCAGGACAGUUCGCCCAGGAGCAGUGGCACUGCUGGGGACAGGCCGGUCACUAGGAGUGCCACCGGCCCUGUCAGGGACAGCCCGGCUGGUGGCAGUGCCACUGUCCCUGUCAAGGACAGCUUGCCCAGGGCCAGUGGCACUGCUGGGGACAGGCCGGUCACCAGGAGUGCCACCAUUCCCAUCAGGGACAGCCCAGCUGGUGGCAGUGCCACUGUCCCUGUCAGGGACAAGCCAGUUGCUGGCAGUGCUACUGGCCCUGUCAGGGACAGCUCACUCAGGGCCAGUGCCACCACUGGGGACAGGCCGGUCACCAGGAGUGCCACUGGCCCUGUCAGGGACAGCCCAGCUGGUGGCAGUGCCACCAUCCCUGUCAAGGACAGCUCACCAAGGGCCAGUGGCACUGGGGACAGGCCAGUCAGCGGCAGUGCCACUGUCCCUGUCAGGGACAGCUCAUCCCGGGGCAGUGGCACUGCUGGGGACAGGCCGGUCACCAGGAGUGCCACCGGCCCUGUCAGGGACAGCCCAGCCGGUGGCAGUGCCACCCUCCCUGUCAGGGACAAGCCAGUCCAUGGCAGUGCCACCGCCCCUGUCAAGGACAGAUCAUCCUGUGGCAGUGCCACUGUCCCUGUCAAGGACAGCUUGCCCAGGGCCAGUGGCACUGCUGGGGACAGGCCGGUCACCAGGAGUGCCACCAUUCCCAUCAGGGACAGCCCAGCUGGUGGCAAUGCCACUGUCCCAGUCAAGGCCAGUCCAUCUCGGGGCAGUGCCACCACUGGGGACAGGCCAGUCAGUGGCAGUGCCACCGUCCCUGCUAGGGACAAGCCAGUCUCUAGCAGUGCCACUGUCCCUAGGAGGGACAGCUCACCCAGGGCCAGUGGCACUGGGGACAAACUGGUGACUGGCAGUGCCACCAUCCCUGUCAGGGACAGCUCCUCCAGGAGCAGUGCCACCACUGGAGACAGGCUGAGCAGGGGCAGUGGCAGUGUCCCCAUCAGGGACAGGUCACCCAGAGACAGUGGCAGUGGGGACAGGCUGGGCAGGAGCAGUGGCAGUGUCCCCAUCAGGGACAGGUCACCCAGAGACAGUGGCAGUGGGGACAGGGCGGGCAGGAGCAGUGCCACCACUGGGGACAGGCUGAGCAGGGGCAGUGGCAGUGUCCCCAUCAGGGACAGGUCACCCAGAGACAGCGGCACUGGGGACAGGCCAGGCAGGGGCAGUGCCACCACUGGGGACAGGCCAGGCAGGGGCAGUGCCACCACUGGGGACAGGCCGGGCAGGGGCAGUGGCACCGUCCCCAUCAGGGACAGGUCAACCAGAGACAGUGGCACUGGGGACAGGCCAGGCAGGGGCAGUGCCACUGUCCCUGUCGAGGACAGGCUGGGCAGGGGCAGUGGCGCCAUCAGGGACAGGCCGGACAGGGGCAGUUCCACUGUCCCCAUCAGGGACAGCUCACACGGUGGCAGUGCCACUGUCCCUGUUAAGGACAGGUCAACGACAGCCAGUGCCACCACUGGGGACAGGUCAGUCAUGGGCAGUGCCACUGUCCCUGUCAGGGACAGGUCACCCAGACACAGUGGCAGUGGGGACAGGUUGGGCAGGGGCAGUGCCACCACUGGGGACAGGCUGGGCAGGGGCAGUGCCACUGUCCCUGUCAGGGACAGCGCAGGCAGGGGCAGUGGCACCACUGGGGACACGCCAGGCAGGGGCAGUGCCACUGUCCCUGUCAGGGACAGCUCCUCCAGGAGCAGUGCCACCACUGGGCACAGGCUGAACCGGGGCAGUGGCAGUGUCCCCAUCAGGGACAGGUCACCCACAGAGAGUGGCAGUAGGGACCGGCUGGGCAGGGGCAGUGCCACCACUGGGGACAGGCUGAGCAGGGGCAGUGGCAGUGUCCCCAUCAGGGACAGGUCACCCAGAGACAGUGGCAGUGGGGACAGGCUGGGCAGGGGCAGUGCCACCACUGGGGACAGGCCGGUCGCUGGCAGUGCUACCGUCCCCAUCAGGGACAGGCCAGGCAGGGGCAGUGCCACCGUCCCCAUCAGGGACAGGUCAUCCAGGGCCCCUGACACUGGGGACAGGCUGGGCAGGAGCAGUGCCACUGUCCCUGCCAGGGACAGCCCAGCUGGCACGGUCAGGGACAUGCCAGUCUCUGGCAGUGUCACUGUCCCUGUCAGGGACAGCCCAUCCAGGGGCACUGCCACUGUCCCAGCUGGGGACAGGCUGGGCACUGGCACUGCCACUGUCGCCGUUGAGGACAGGCUGGGCACUGGCACUGCCACUGUCCCCGCUGGGGACAGGCUGGGCACUGGCACUGCCACUGUCCCAGCUGGGGACAGGCUGGGCACUGGCACUGCCACUGUCCCAGCUGGGGACAGGCUGGGCACUGGCACUGCCACUGUCGCCGUUGAGGACAGGCCGGUCAGAGUUGGUGGCACGGCUGGGGACAGGCUGGUCACUGACAGUGGCACCGCUCCUGGCAGGGACUGCCCCUCCAGGGACAGUGGCACUCCUGGGGACACGCUGCUCUCUGGCAGUGCCACCGUCCCCGUCAGGGACAGCCUAUCCAGGGGCACUGCCACCAUCGUGGACACGCCCGUCACCGGCAGUGCCACCAUGCCUGUCAGCAACAGCCCCUUCUGGGCCAGUGGCACCGCUGGGGACAGCGCGGUGGCUGGCAGUGCCACCGUGCCCAUCAGGGACUGCCCGUCCCGGGGCACUGCCGCCGUCGUGGACGCGCUGGUCACUCUCAGUGGCACUGUGAUGGACAGGAGGAUCCUGGGCAGUGUCACCGUCCCCGUCAGGGCCAGCCUGUCCAGGGGCACCGUCACCAUCGUGGACACGCCCGUCUUUGUCAGUGCCACCGUCCUCGUUGGGGACUCCAUCCCCAGGGUCACUGCCGCCAUCGUGGAAUCGAGGGUGCCCGGCCAUGCCACCCUCCCCCUCGGGGACACGCUGGCCUGUGGCAGUGCCACCCUCCCUGUCAGGGAGUGCCCGUCCGGGGACAGUGCCACCCCCGCUGCUGGGGCCGGGUCAGUGGGUGGCAGUGCCACCAUCCCUGUCAGGGACUGCCCGUCCGGGGGCAGUGCCACCCUUGGGGACAGGCACGUCACUGGCAGUCCCCCCAUCACGGACACGCCAGUCAGUGGCAGUGCCACCAUCCCUGUCAGGGACUGCCCGUCCAGGGACAGCAGCACGCCUGGGGACAGGCCUGGCAGUGCCACCGCGCCCUCCAGGCCCGUCACUCCCGUCCGCGUCAGUGUCAUCAGGGACGGCAGGACGGGCACCAGGCUGGCACCGGAGGCCCUGGCACAGCGGGGCCACAGCCAGGCCGGGUCCCCCCUGGGGGACACGCAGGGACAGCCCUGCUCCGGGCACCGCGAGGGACACACGAGGGCGGGGAUGGGGUCCCCUGCGUCACACCAGUAAAAACCAGUAAAAACCAGUCACUCCA